AUGUGGGAAUUCUACGACGACAAGACGAUUCUAAUCACUGGCGGAUCUGGAUUCGUGGGCACGGCCAUUGUUCAUCGUCUGCUCUCACAAACAUCCGCGAAACAUGUCUACGUGCUCUGUAGAGGUGGUUCCGGAAAACUUCGACAAAAAUGGGACAAAUGGUUACCCCUGUCGACAGUCGAGAAUCUUUGGGACCCAUGUCGUCUCACAGUUCUUGAUGGAGACAUACUUACCCCCAAUAUGGGGCUUGACGAACGAGACUCAAACAUCCUGCGAGGAGAAGCCAACGUCAUUAUUCAUGCAGCAUCUUCCAUCAACUUAGCGAAAUCUCUCAACGACUUAAAAAAUGUUAUAGUUGGAGCUAGCGAGAUGGUAGCCGGGUUCGCGUUAGGCUGCAAGUCACUUGACUGUUUUGUCUAUGUCUCAACGGCGUACGCCAAUUCACACCUUCACGCACAGAGUCCCAUGUUCGAAACCGACGUCAACGAAGAAGUUUACGAACUAGAUGUUUACAAAGAUGUCUAUGAAGAAUGGGUCGAUGUGCAGAAACUCGGGACGAGUCGGACGUUUGAAAUAUAUGAUUUCCCAUUCCCAUAUGCCUACGCAAAGCACCUGACAGAGCGUCUUCUUUUGUCCAUGUUCAAUGUUUCUGGUGCCAAGGACAAACUCUUGAUUGCACGACCCUCCAUCGUGGGACCGGCCCAGCUUCUUCCAUAUCCAGGGUACAGCGUCCCUACCUCAACACCCUCGACUAUGCUGGCAGCAAGUCUGGCCCUUCUGCCACAAUGGAACUUUUGCGUUGCGACAAGUUCGCGGGACCCAGAUUCAGAAAUCCAUACCGAUGAAGUCCCUGUAGAUGUCGUUGUUGACCGCCUACUCAGCCAUCUCGCAAUGGGGACACGGGGCUGCUUCCACGCAGUCAGUGGGAAGCGGGCUCGACUACGCUUGAAAGAAUGGUGGCAGCCAGCAGCACAGCUACGACGAAUCCCGUGGGGAUUGAACUUACAAUGGGUGUCAGCACAUUGGAGAUCUCCAAUUCAAAAUCCUAUUGCUCGGAUAUACGUUAUCCUCGGCACUUCCUUUGUAUUCCACGAGGAUAGAACAGUGUCAUUGAGUCAAGGAAUGUCAAAGGAAGACCAAGCAGGGCUGCAGCUUUUCACUGACAUCAACCUGGGUGACCACCUCCUUUCCCGACAGGAGGAUAUUCGCUACGUAAUGGACCAGAUUGCAUCCAAAAAUACUUGGGCAUGGCUAAUGUACAAGCUCUUUUAUUGA